CAAUGUAAUGGCUAGCGUUAGGCCUACCUCGGGUUAGGUUUUGGACUAAUUUCGGUUGUUAUUCUUGAACUGGUUAAAGUAAUUGUGGAAGAAAUCUGGACAAAAAUGGGGCGUACCUGUAAAGUUGUUGUCUGUGGGAGCUCUUGCGUCGGAAAGACGGCAUUGCUGGAGCAGGCUAUCUUCGGAAAUCAUGUGAUAGGAAAUCAAAACUCCAUUGCCACGAUAGAGGAUAUCUAUGUAGCUUCUGUGGAGUCCAACAGAGGAGUGAGGGAACGUGUACGCUUCUACGACACCAGAGGCCUUGAUCCAAAGACCAACCCGGAACUUCCUAAGCACUACUUUGCCAUAGCAGACGGCUUCAUUCUCGUGUACAGUAUCACCAGCUCAGAGUCCUUCCAACAGGUGCAACUCCUCAAGAAGGAGGUUGAUAAGAUCAGCAAGGAGAAAGACAAGAGAGAAGUUUCCUUAAUAGUUGUUGGUAACAAAGCAGAUUUGUACAAGGAGAGACAAGUAGAGUACGACAUGGUGUGCGCUUGGGCUCAAAAGGAGAAAGUCCCACUGUAUGAGGUGACAGUAGCCAACAGGAAAGUGUUGAUGGAACCCAUCGUAGCUUUGACGUCUAAGCUCACCCUACCUAUUGUUAAAUCUAGUUUUCCACUACGCAUCAAGCCCAAGCAGAUGACAAGUACAGCCUCUCAUGAUGUUUAACCCAAGCCAGACGCACCGUUAGGGAUUAUGACAUUGCUUGUGUCCGCUUUUGACAUCAGGGGCCUGUUUUGAGGGGCCAUUCUAUCCAACUGCUGGUUGCACCCCAAAGUGAAGGAAUUUAGCCCAUUUGCCACCCCUCUGUACAUUUUGAGCAUUUCCUUCUGGCAGUGGUCAGGAUGCAUUAGAAUUGAAAGUUAUUUUUUAUUUCAGUUCAGUUUGAAAACAACACGUAACAGUUUCUCACGUUGUGAACCUGAGACACACAAAAAACAGGACUCAACUGAGCUUUUACAGCGGAUUAUUACAAUCAAGAGGCUGUUUGAGAAAUUAACGCCACAUCUGAAUUACUUGAUUGUGGCUUGAAUGUACACACAAGCCUAGGGUAGAAAGGCUGCAGCCACUUCCUGUAGAGGUGUGUGCAAUUCCGAGCCAUAGCCAAGAAAUUCAUACACAGGUGUAUUUUUGGCACAUAUAAUUGAGAUCCCCAUUAAUAUAAUGGCUGUAUAUACUGUAAAUAUUUACACGACUAUGGCAUUAACCAGUUUAUUUUUGUUCUUUUAAGACUGUGUCCUUUAACACAGCGUCUACAUAAUUGUUAAGCAUGCAGUCAAGAAAAACACUGAAUUGAAUGUGCAAUAAAGCAGUGAAGUCUUUUAUUCUCAAGGCAUAAUUGUAAAAAUUUAUUCAUUUUUCAGUACAAACUGUCUUUAAUUCUUGCUGCUCUGAAAGUAGUACAUAUUCACAUCAAGUUUACAAGUUUUUUUUUUUUACUUUUCUACACUGGUAUAAUGAAAAAGGUUUCAUCCAUGGUUGUGAAUGGUACCACUCAAAUGACAUUAUGAGGUGUGCACUAAGCAAAAUGCCAAAAUAAUCGGUGCUGGAAACGCUACAUAAGUUCGUUAACUGUCACAUUAAAGACCACAACAUUAUUCUAUAAGUCAGUUACAGGUUUUGCUUGUAACUGAAACUGUUUUGAAGUACACUUGUUUGUAACUUGCCUUCUUUAAAUUGAAAACUCCAACACUCAUUUCCAGCCUACUGUGCACAGAGGCAGCUUCUGUUUGCAUUUCAUUAUUUUGUCAGUGUAUUUGACUAAAUAACUUGAUUUUAUCAUUAACAAAAUUCAAGCAAGCUGCAGCCAUGGAAAAUAAAUAAAAGCCACGCAAACAAGCAGGUUUCCGAACCUGUCUAUUCCUAACGUGGAGAUGGGGCUGUGAAAGUGAAUACUGGUAACGCCAAAACUUUGAAAAAGCUGCUUAUGUCACUGGUGCGCAGAAACAGGCAUAUUCUCUUUAAAGGUAGCUCAAUUUAAUAAUGCAUGAUUAUUGUCAUAGUAAGACAGUGCAGCCAUUUUGGUAUUGUUCCCUGAAGUCAUGGCAGUGAUCACACCAAUGAUUCUUCUGGUACACAACAGCCGUCAGAGUGUCUCCAAUCCCUUAUUCAAGUUGCACAUCAAAAACGGCCGAGUCUAAAAAAGGCAAUGUUCCUUAUUGCCAACAUUCAAAAGGUACCCAAAUUGAAUACGGGCCUAAGUCUCGUUAACCGGACCAGAAGUAUAUAGUAUACAGUUACUAAUGCUGGUAACUGUUGACCUUGUACAUUAUCCAAAACAAGCAUUUUUGUGCUGUUGAAACACCCCUCCAUUCUGUCCAUUUUGAACCAAAGAUCAAAAGGUCAGAGUUUACCCAGUGAGACACUGACACUUGUCCAUCGAUAUUCCCCCCAACUGAUGGGCUAAUACUCAUCUUUGAAUCACCUGUUUCACUUAAAAACUAAACAAAACUUACACUGAGCCCAAAUAACACUUGUGCUUGCUUUUUAAGCAUCAAUGACACUUUUUCUACAAUUUGAUUUUAAGUGAUAAACCUCUCAAUUUUUGUUACAUUACUUUAAGUGGAUAGUUCAGGAUAACAUACUUAAACAUUCACUUCAUACCGUAGCAUCCUUGUUCAUUUAUGUAUGCUUUUGAAUAACAUUUCAUGAAUAAAAAUUAACAAAAUUAAAGGAA